UACCGAUACACCAACGGCAACAACAAAUACCGUAUACUGCCACCGCCCUACAUUGUCUGGCCUGGUCUUCUAUCUUUCUCUCCUCCACCUCCAAAUCAUCAUUCCAUCGUCUUUUUUUUCAUCGCUUCCCAUCGGAAAUACCUACUCCAUCUUCUUCAUUUCUCUGGAGCUAUUACUGCUAGCACUAGCUGAUUUACUGCAUUAAAAACUACCACACCGUUGCGCCUUUGAACACUAUGGCCGAGAUCCGUCGCAAGCUCGUCAUCGUAGGCGAUGGUGCCUGCGGUAAGACCUGUCUGCUCAUUGUUUUCUCCAAGGGCACCUUCCCCGAGGUCUACGUCCCCACAGUCUUCGAGAACUACGUCGCCGAUGUCGAGGUUGAUAACAAGCACGUCGAGCUCGCUCUUUGGGAUACUGCUGGCCAGGAAGAUUACGAUCGUCUCCGUCCCCUCUCAUACCCCGACUCACAUGUGAUCCUGAUCUGUUUCGCUGUGGACUCGCCCGAUUCGCUCGACAACGUCCAGGAGAAGUGGAUCUCCGAGGUUCUGCACUUCUGCCAGGGUCUCCCUAUUAUCCUCGUCGGUUGCAAGAAGGAUCUUCGCGACGACCGCAAGACUAUUGAUGAGCUUGCCAAGACCUCUCAGCGCCCCGUCUCGCAAGACCAGGGUGAGGAAGUCCGCAAGAAGAUCGGUGCCUACAAGUACCUUGAGUGCUCCGCCCGCACCAACGAGGGUGUCCGUGAAGUCUUCGAGGCCGCCACUCGUGCCGCUCUCCUAAAGGCCGUUAAGGGCAAGGGAGGCCGCAAGCCUGGCAAGGGCUGCCUGAUUCUCUAAACGAACCAAUUGUUGAGGUGGUCUGGCUCGAGCAAAGGUCAUAUGUAUGAGAGCCUCCACGAAAAACAAUUGGUGAUGUUGUUCUCGGAAAGGAGGAAGGCUUCAUGGCCUGCAUGCGAAAUUGUGGAUAAUAUCGAAUCCGGGCACCCGAGUCGUGGAGGUUUCCCCCCACAAUUCAGCUGGUCGACCUUGUGUUUUUCUUUUGCCUUUAUUUGCAGAAUUUGUCUAGGGAGGCGUUGUCUUCAUCAUAACCCUGUGGGCUUUUCUUUUUCUUUUCCUCUCUUCGUUCCGACGCCGUGAAUUUUUCAAAUGCCAAACCGCCGCGUUGAGGUGGCAAUUAUAAACCAACCGAAAAGCAUCGAAAAAAAAGAACCCAAAUUGGAACAACCAGGAGAUGAAGAGGG